AUCGUCUCCCUUGGAUCGUAGAAAUCUAUUGACCAAUCAAAUUAAGGGUUGCCUAAAAAAACUGUAAAAUGUCGGGCGGAAGAACAAUUGAUACACGAAGCGAGUUAAAUGAACUGGUCCGAAGAAGAUCGGAAAUAGCUGAAACACUUGCCAACCUGGAACGACAAAUUUACGCCUUCGAAGGCAGUUACUUGGAAGACACGCAGCUCUAUGGCAACAUAAUACGGGGCUGGGAUAGAUACCUUACCACUACAAAAAACACAAAUAGUAAAUCAGACAAAAGAAACAGAAAGUUCAAAGAUGCAGACAGAUUAUUUUCAAAGUCGUCAGUGACAUCGGCAGCAGCAGUCAGUGGUUUACCCCAGGCCGAUCAACUUUCAGAUAAAAUGGAUGAGCCAGAUAGUCCAGACUCACAGAACAACCAGAACUCUGCAAAUACGCUGCACACAAACGGUCACAUGUCCAAUGGCAGCGACCGUGAAUCCUCCAUGAAUACAUCGUCUGGAAAGAUGAUCAAAUCAGCGCCCAGUAAAAAGAGUAAAAACGCGAAAAGAAGCAGGGUUGGGACUGAAAACGACUGAUAUUGUGGAAUUCAACUGGAUCGGUUUUGUGAAAAGAUUAUGUCGACAUGUGGCCAACUCCACCAAUCCCGUCUUUCUUUGCUCUUUACCUGAGAGUUGAGUUGCUUUGUUUUCUCUGAAAUGUUGGAAUGCCAAAUGGUAGAAAGUUUAUGAAAGGCGCUUCGUAAAUAAUGAAAUACUGGAACCAAAAAAAUGGGGUGUUCCUGGUUGGAGCCAAUUUCAACACAAAAAAUCAUCCUCAAAUGUUAACAUGUUUAGGGGUUUGAAUAAAAACUAUGCUCUGCUUG